GCAGAAACACGACGGGCGGGUGAAGAUCGGCCACUACAUCCUGGGGGACACGCUGGGGGUCGGCACCUUCGGCAAAGUGAAGGAUGGCUUUUGGCAUGGCAGAUAGGAAAGCAAGAGGAAAAUGUUCAUGUUCUGGAUUUGAUCUGUGAUGUGGCUGUAACAUGAAUCCCUCCAUUGGCAAACAUGAAUUGACUGGGCACAAAGUUGCUGUGAAGAUACUCAAUCGACAGAAGAUUCGAAGCCUUGAUGUGGUAGGAAAAAUCCGCAGAGAAAUUCAGAACCUCAAGCUUUUCAGGCAUCCUCAUAUAAUUAAACUGUACCAGGUCAUCAGUACACCAUCUGAUAUUUUCAUGGUGAUGGAAUAUGUCUCAGGAGGAGAGCUAUUUGAUUAUAUCUGUAAAAAUGGAAGGAAAUCUGAUGUACCUGGAGUAGUAAGAACAGCCUCCAUGAAGGAGCUGGAUGAAAAAGAAAGUCGGCGUCUGUUUCAACAGAUCCUUUCUGGUGUGGAUUACUGUCACAGGCAUAUGGUGGUCCAUAGAGAUUUGAAACCUGAAAAUGUCCUGCUUGAUGCACACAUGAAUGCAAAGAUAGCUGAUUUUGGUCUUUCAAACAUGAUGUCAGAUGGUGAAUUUUUAAGAACAAGCUGUGGCUCACCUAACUACGCUGCACCAGAAGUAAUUUCAGGAAGAUUGUAUGCAGGUCCAGAGGUAGACAUAUGGAGCAGUGGGGUUAUUCUCUAUGCUUUAUUAUGUGGAACCCUUCCGUUUGAUGAUGAUCAUGUGCCAACUCUUUUUAAGAAGAUAUGUGAUGGGAUCUUUUAUACCCCUCAGUAUUUAAAUCCAUCUGUGAUUAGCCUUUUGAAACAUAUGCUACAGGUGGAUCCCAUGAAGAGGGCCACAAUCAAAGAUAUCAGGGAGCAUGAAUGGUUUAAACAAGAUCUUCCAAAAUAUCUCUUUCCUGAGGAUCCAUCAUAUAGUUCAACCAUGAUUGAUGAUGAAGCCUUAAAAGAAGUGUGUGAAAAAUUUGAAUGCUCAGAAGAGGAGGUUCUCAGCUGCCUUUAUAAUAGAAAUCACCAGGACCCGUUGGCAGUUGCCUAUCACCUCAUAAUAGAUAACAGGAGGAUAAUGAAUGAGGCCAAAGAUUUUUACUUGGCAACAAGCCCACCUGAUUCUUUUCUCGAUGAUCAUCAUUUGACUCGGCCCCAUCCUGAAAGAGUACCAUUCUUGGUUGCUGAAACGCCAAGGGCACGCCACACCCUCGAUGAAUUAAACCCACAGAAAUCAAAACACCAAGGUGUAAGGAAAGCAAAAUGGCAUUUGGGAAUUAGAAGUCAAAGUCGACCGAAUGAUAUCAUGGCAGAAGUUUGUAGAGCAAUUAAACAACUGGAUUACGAAUGGAAGGUUGUAAACCCAUAUUAUUUACGUGUUCGGAGGAAGAAUCCUGUAACAAGUACAUACUCCAAAAUGAGUCUACAGUUAUACCAAGUGGAUAGUAGAACGUACUUACUGGAUUUCCGUAGUAUUGAUGAUGAAAUUACUGAAGCCAAAUCAGGGACUGCUACUCCACAGAGAUCAGGAUCAGUUAGCAACUAUCGAUCUUGCCAAAGGAAUGAUUCAGAUGCUGAUGCUCAAGGAAAAUCCUCAGAAGCUUCACUUACCUCAUCUGUGACCUCACUUGACUCUUCUCCUGUUGACUUAACUCCAAGACCUGGAAGUCACACGAUAGAAUUUUUUGAAAUGUGUGCGAAUCUAAUUAAAAUUCUUGCACAGUAAACCUAAAACUUUGCUUAUUUCUUUGAUAGCAAUAAGCAUGCAUAAAAAAAUCAUAGCCAAAUGCUUCCAUUUAUAAUCAAGUUAUAAUUAUAACUGAGGAUUAGCCUUUUGGAAUGCAAUUUGCACAGGAAUUGGAACAUGAUUAAUAGUUAAAAGCCUAAUGUGCAAAAAUGAAUUAAGAUAAUUUUGUUCAUUGUUCAGUAGGCAUAUAGCAUAAUGUAAUUUUCACAAUGAAUUAUAGGUCUCUCAGGCUCACUUGGUUUUUGGCUGUUUUAUAUUUAAUGUAUACAGGGCUUUGUAGAAUAUUAAUUUACCAUAAAGGCCUUCAUGUAUUAUUACAAGUUGAUAUGUUCUAUAAUUGCUUCAUCAAUUUAUUCAAUAAAUAUUUGCCUAGAAUCCCCAGAGACCUUUAUAGGUGAUUUGUUUUGGGGGGAUCCUGAACUUCUUACAUAGCAGGUAUUUUCCAGUAGUGACAGGCUGGACAACUCUUCCAUAUCUCUUCCCUUAAUAUUCUUUAGUAUAUGGUAAGCAUAUCAAAGAUUAAAUUAGACAUAACUAAAAUUUUUUCUUAGCUUGAUAAAUCCAAAAACACACAGAACUUAUAUAUUCAGAUACUCUAGGCACUAAGUUAAAUCUUAAAAUUUGUCUCACUAUAUUCUGUACAUAAAUUUCUCUUUUUGUCACAAGAGCUGAGUUGCAUAUGCUAUAAAUAAAUCAUGUUUUUGUCAAUUUCACAAAUUCCGCUGCUCAUGUCCGUCAGUAUUGAAUGUAUACAAAAAUUUCUAGUCAUUCAAUUAUGUAUCUUUUAAAUUGAUUUAGCACACAGAAUAUUUCCUACCAUUUAAAUGCUCAGAUAAGACUUUUUCUCCCAAAUUUUAUCGUGACCAUUUUUAAAAACAAAAAUAGAAAGGCUAUAGGGUGAUCACAUGUGUAUCUACCACUUAGAUUCAACACUGGUUAACAUUUUGCCACAUUUGCUUUAUAUCUAUGUAUGUAUAUAGACAUAGUGUACAUAUGUACGUGUAUAUAGAUAUAUAUGUUUUUUUUCUCCUUGAACCGUUUGGAUGUUGCUGACAUACUUAUCACCCUCAACAUUUCAAGCAUCUCCUAAAAAAAAAUAACAUUUUCCUAAAAACACAUAAUACUAUUAUCAGAUUAGUAAUUCCCUAAAGUCAUCUAAUCAUGCAUAUUUAGGUUUCCCCAGUUGUCUUCCAAAUUUCUUUUAUAGCUGGCUAUUUCAAACCAGGAUUCAGUGAAAAAUUAGACAUUGCCAGGUAUGACAUUAUUACUUCAAUAAAAUAAUGGAACGAAUCAGUUAGUGCUUCUAAAUGGUCACAUUUGUUUUAGAUUUUAAUCAUUUUUUAAAAAGUAGCAUUAUGGGAACUGCCUAAAGAUGCUUAAUUAAUCUUUGUAAGAUCUCUAUACUUUCUUUUCCUUGAUCCUUCCUUUUUCCUAGUAGCAUUCCAUAAUAGUUGUAAAUGAAGAUUUAAAGUCACUUCAGUUAAAAUUGGUGUCCUGUGUAUGCUAAUAAAAAAUAAAAAGUACUAUAUCACCCAUAAUUGCCUUAUACUAUUUUAACUUCAAGGUAUUGAUUUUCUUUGGUAUCAAUCAUUUUUCCAUUGCAGAAGAGCUAUCUUAUUUCUCAUUUAAUACUUUUGUAUUAUAGGACUAUUUUUGGCAAAUACAGUGAACACCUUUGUAACCAGACAGUAAUAUACUCAAGUGUCUUGAUAGCUUGCACAGUUAACUAUAGUUGUAGAUUUGGUUCCAGUACCCCUAGAAACAUGCAGUGAAUUCAAAAGAAAAAUCUUGCUUAUGUCCAGGACUUAUCUAUUCAACUUAGAAUCUGAAAGCUGUAUAAAAUAAUAGGAGUGCAACUUAAAUACUAAGUUCAAAACUGUAUAACUUGUAUGUGGCCCUGCAUUUUUGGGAUAUUGAUUUAAUGUAGGGUCUCUAAAUGCAGCAUUAUGUUCCUGAUGUUAAGAACAGAAGACUGUAUUUUUGAAAAGUUAAAGAUUUGUACAUAGAACUAAGACAUUGUCAGAAUGUCUCUAUAAGCUGUUGUGGGGAGGUGGUGGGGCAGUGGGGGGGGGGGGAUUGAAAGGAGGAACCAAUUAAAUAGGACCUUCUAAAAAUUGUUAAUUUUGUAAACUUUGCUGCUUGUUAAGUUAUUGUGAUUCCUUUUAGUUACUGAGUUUUAUUUUGAAGAUAUUUAAAUAUUGCACUUGUACAAAUAGUAUGAUAAACGCACAGAUUAUUGCAGCAGAUUCUUUUUUAAGCUGGGAUAUUUGAAAUGACAACUUUUGGUUGAAUAUGUCGAGGUUGCAUCAGAAUUUUCAAAAAUUUAUUGUAGUUUGCAAAUUCUUACUAACUGAAGAUGUAAGGGAGUCAAUGCAAAUGAUUUUUAAUCUUUUUUUAUUAUCUUUUCAGCAAUUUAUAUUUUUUGUGAUUUAUGCAACCAUAUUUUUACUUUGUCUUGACAACUGAAAGAUGUAUAAGGUUUUUGCCAGAAAUGUACUGUAUACAUAGUUUUAAAUAUAACAGAUUUUACUGAUAUGUAAAAAUUUUGCCAUUAAAAUAAAUGAUUUCUCACCAAGAGGAAAUUUUCUACCAGGUUGGGGGAUAUGGGAGCUUAAUAUAUCUAAUUUAAAAUAAUUUCACUGAAAUAAAUUCCAUUGCUUUUACUUUGA